AUGUUUAGAACAUCACUCAGGUCACUCGCCACCGCGAGAUUGUUCCACACCACGAGAGUCAAUUUGGCCAAAGGCGACUCUUCCACCAUCGACUCGUUCAAAUUACCCUCGCAAACCUCGAUUAACGAAUGGGAGUUCAAAUACGAUUUCAUCCCCAAGACGUCGCAACCGAAAGUUCCCCCCGUGACGAAAGAGGCGGUGAAGCAGGACAUUGCGCAUGAGAAGGCCAAGUCCGUCGAGCGCGAGCUUUUUGCGAAGGAAAGCAACUCGUCCGUUAAAGUUGAGGCCAACGAUGCGAAUGUGGUUCACGGGGGUGAGGACGUGGGAGCUGUGCCUGAGUUGCAUGAAGAUCGCGGCAAUGCUACCCCCGUGGACGUGAGCCGUCGCAACGUGGGAGGCGGCGGUAGCAGCGGCAAGCCCCGGAAAUCUGCCAACCAUGAUCGAUACGUGCAGUCUUCUGUCAAUCCCAAGAUUAACGAGGCGGAUGUUGUCAAUUUGGGCGAUAAUGAGGUUGAUCACAAGACUGAGACGGUUGGCAAGCAGACUCCCGUUGUUGAUGAUAUCGAGCAUGAUAACUUGACUCACCAGGGGCAAACGUUGCCGGAUAAGAAGAGCGAUGCUGCUGGUAGCGGUGGAGUUGGCGGGUUGUUGGUGUUGUUGGGAUUGGGCGGUGCCGGCUACUGGUACUACUCAUCCUCGUCAUCGUCAUCGUCUGAGAAGCCAGCUAAGAAAUGA